GCUAUCCACUCGGUGGCUUGGCAUCAUGAAGGAAAACAAUUUAUUUGUAGUCACUCAGAUGGUACCUUGACUAUAUGGAAUGUAAAAUCUCCUACCAAACCAUUCCAGACAAUCACUCCACAUGGAAAGCAGAUGAAGGAUGGAAAGAAGCCUGAACCCUGCAAACCGAUCCUUAAGGUGGAAUAUAAAACAACUAGAGCUGGGGAGCCUUUCAUCAUUCUCUCAGGAGGCUUGUCAUAUGACACCGUAGGAAGAAGACCAUGUUUAACAGUUAUGCAUGGGAAAAGUACUGCUGUGCUAGAAAUGGAUUAUUCUAUUGUUGAUUUUCUAACCCUCUGUGAAACACCAUAUCCUAAUGACUUUCAGGAACCAUAUGCUGUAGUUGUUCUCCUAGAAAAAGACUUAGUCCUGAUUGACCUUGCACAAAAUGGGUACCCUAUAUUUGAGAAUCCUUAUCCUUUGACUAUACAUGAAUCUCCGGUUACCUGUUGUGAGUAUUUUGCUGAUUGUCCUGUGGACCUCAUACCUGCACUCUAUUCAGUUGGCGCUCGACAGAAACGUCAAGGUUACAGUAAGAAGGAAUGGCCUAUCAGUGGAGGCAACUGGGGUCUCAUCACUCAGAGCUAUCCAGAGAUAAUUAUUACAGGGCAUGCUGAUGGGUCAAUCAAGUUUUGGGAUGCCUCAGCAAUAACACUGCAAGUACUCUAUAAGCUAAAAACAGCCAAAGUAUUUGAAAAAUCAAGGAAUAAAGAUGACAGGCCAAACACAGAUAUAGUAGAUGAAGAUCCAUACGCUAUUCAGAUCAUCUCAUGGUGUCCAGAAAGUAGAAUGCUGUGCGUAGCUGGAGUUUCUGCACAUGUCAUUAUUUACAGGUUCAGCAAGCAGGAAGUGACAACGGAAGUCAUUCCGAUGCUGGAAGUACGUCUGUUAUAUGAGAUAAAUGAUGUUGAAUCUCCCGAUGGUGAGCAGGUGCCACCUUUGCCAACUCCAGGCACAGGUUCUAAUCCUCAAUCCAUUGUUCCCCAGUCUCAUCCAUCUACUAGUAGCAGUUCAUCUGAUGGACUUCGUGAUAAUGUCCCAUGUUUAAAAGUUAAAAAUUCUCCUCUCAAGCAGUCUCCAGGCUACCAAACUGAGCUAGUUAUCCAGCUAGUGUGGGUGAGUGGAGAACCUCCUCAACAGAUAACCAGCUUAGCAGUUAACUCGGCGUACGGCCUAGUAGUUUUUGGAAACUGUAAUGGUAUUGCCAUGGUUGAUUACCUCCAGAAGACAGUGCUCUUGAAUCUAGGCACUAUUGAACUGUACGGCUCCAAUGAUCCUUAUCGCAGGGAGCCACGAUCUCCUCGAAAAACUCGACAGCCGUCUGGAGCAGGUCUUUGUGAUAUUAACGAAGGUACAGUGGUGCCAGAAGAUCGCUGCAAAUCCCCCACUUCAGGUUCUGGUUCACCAAACAAUUCUGAUGAUGAUCAGAAAAUGAAUAAUUUUAUAGAAAAGGUGAAGACCAAGAGCAGAAAGUUUUCCAAGAUGGUAGCCAAUGACAUAGCAAAGAUGUCCAGGAAGCUAAGUUUGCCAACUGAGUUAAAGCCUGAUUUAGUUCCUUCUCCUUUUUUAGAUGUCAAAGACAACUCUUUCAGUCGAUCCCGAAGUUCUAGUGUAACUAGCAUUGAUAAAGAGUCACGUGAGGCAAUUUCAGCUCUUCAUUUCUGUGAGACUUUCACGAGAAAGGCCGAUACAUCACCUUCCCCAUGCCUGUGGGUUGGGACCACGCUGGGUACAGUGCUUGUCAUCGUACUGAACUUACCCCCAGGAGGAGAGCAAAGACUUCUUCAGCCAGUAAUUGUAUCUCCUAGUGGAACCAUCUUGAGGCUAAAAGGGGCAAUCCUGAGAAUGGCUUUUCUGGAUACCACAGGAUCUUUGGUCCCACCAGCACAUGAACCCUGGAGGGAACACAAUGUUCCUGAAGAUAAAGAUGAAAAAGAUAAAUCAAAAAAGCGACGACCUGUCUCAGUGUCCCCUUCUUCCUCUCAGGAAAUCAGUGAGAAUCAAUAUGCAGUGAUAUGUUCGGAAAAGCAAGCAAAAGUUAUCUCACUGCCAUCCCAGAACUGUAUUUAUAAGCAAAACAUAACAGAGACCUCUUUUGUUCUUCGUGGAGAUAUAGUGUCAUUGAGUAACAGUAUCUGCCUUGCAUGUUUCUGUGCCAAUGGACAUAUUAUGACUUUUAGUUUGCCAAGUCUAAGGCCAUUGUUGGAUGUAUAUUACCUGCCCCUCACCAAUAUGCGGAUAGCCAGAACAUUCUGCUUCACCAAUAAUGGACAAGCGCUCUAUCUUGUCUCACCAACUGAAAUACAGAGGCUCACCUACAGUCAAGAAACAUGUGAAAAUCUUCAGGAAAUGUUGGGUGAGCUCUUCACUCCUGUAGAAACACCAGAAGCACCGAACAGGGGGUUCUUUAAAGGCCUUUUCGGAGGUGGGGCACAGUCACUUGACAGAGAAGAGCUCUUUGGAGAAUCAGCAUCUGGGAAGGCAUCAAGAAGUCUUGCCCAGCAUAUUCCAGGGCCUGGGGGUAUUGAAGGUGUCAAAGGAGCAGCAUCUGGUGUAGUUGGUGAACUAGCACGAGCCCGGUUGGCACUAGAUGAAAGAGGACAGAAGCUAGGAGAACUGGAAGAAAAAACUGCAGCUAUGCUUUACAGUGCUGAUUCUUUCUCUAAACAUGCUCAUGAGAUGAUGUUGAAGUACAAAGACAAGAAGUGGUACCAAUUCUGAUGAUGCUCAUCAAUUACAUCUGUUUAAUUUUGUCCUGAUGAAAAAAAUCUUGGUUUUUCAUUAGUUUUGGCAGGACCAUUGAAAUUUGAAGGAGUAUUCACCAUUGGAUACUGUUGUUUCCUGGCACAAAUCACACACUGUUUUACCUCAGUCGUGGCUUUAACUGAGGAGCUUUAUAUUUAAAAGAAACACACACAAAAAAACAAACUGAGUGUUUCUUAGCUGUUGGUUAGCUGAGAGUUGGAACAGAGAAGGUAACUAGAACGUGUG